CUCAAAUAUACCUCACAACAUGGCUGAUAUAAAAGAAAAAGUGGAUGUUGGAAAGACACAACACAACGAUGACGGUAUAUUGCCAUCAAUGGAUAAUGUGUCUACUUGUUCAUCUAUUUCUGUAGACAACCGUAAAAAGACAUCAGCCGCUGUAGGUUUUGGUCGCCCUGCUUCCUUUUUUAAUGUGCUCUUUAGUGGAUUCGCCUUGUUAUCGGAUGGUUAUCAAUCAGGUGUCAUCAGUUUUGUUAACCUCUUUUUAAAACAAAUUUAUGGUACUGGUGUGUUUGAUUCAACCAUGGCCUCUCGACUCACAUAUUCACUUUUUGUUGGAGAAAUUGUUGGUCAACUUUUUUUUGGAUUAGUGAUUGAUCGCAUUGGUAGAAAGAUAGGUUUGAUCAGUACUACAAUUCUUGUUAUUCUCGGGGCUGCCUUAUCUGCAGCAUCAUCUGGAGCAACACCAACUGGACUUCUUUGGAUGAUGGUUGUUACUCGAGGUUUAUUGGGUGUUGGUGUCGGUGGGGAAUUUCCUUGUAGUUCAGUGUCCGCAGGCGAAGCAUCUGAUACAUUGAAGCCUAGCAAACGAGGUGCCCUAUUUACUCUGGUAACACAAUUCGUAAUUGAUUUGGGAUAUGUUGUAGCUGCCAUUGUACCAUUGAUUUUGUUAGCCAUUUUCAAAGAUAGCCUGGAACCUACGUGGCGACUCUGUUUAGCCCUUGGUUGUAUUCCACCCUUGUCUGUUUUAUAUUUCCGGUUACGGAUGGCUGAUUCUGAGCAGUAUAGAUCUCGAGCAAUUCGUAAACGAGUGCCCUAUAUGCUGAUCAUGAAACGGUAUUGGUUCCGCCUGUUCCUUGCUAGCUCCCAGUGGUUUGUAUAUGAUUUUAUUUCAUAUCCUUGUAGUGCAUUUUCAUCCAUUAUUUUGGAUUCAGUUGCUGGUAAUUCUUCACUUAUUAUUGUUGUGGCAUGGAACAUCUUGUUGUAUGCAUUUUAUCUUCCUGGAUGCGUCCUUGGCGCUUCAAUUGUUGAUAGAAUAGGUCGCCGUAAGACGAUGUCGAUUGGUUUUUUGGCACAAGGAGCUAUUGGAUUGAUAUUGGGCGGCGUCUAUGGCCCAAUUUCAACCAACUGUUUUCCUAUGUUUGUCAUCCUUUAUGGUAUCUUCAUGGCAACAGGUGAAGUGGCUGGUGGUGUCACAGGGUUGAACUCAACUGAAUUCUUCCCUACUGCUGUUAGAGGUACUUGUUACUCUAUUGCUGCUGCUAUUGGAAAGGUAGGUGCGGUAGUUGGAAGCUUAGUGUAUGCUCAAAUGCAAGAAAGUAUGGGAGGAAUUCGAGGACCAUUUUUAUUUGGAAGUGCACUUGCAAUUGCCACUAGUAUUUUUGUAUUCUUUGGAAAUCCCGAGAUUGGACCUGAAGGAUUAGAGGAAGAAGAUGCUGCUUUUAAAGUAUAUUUAGAAGAGAAUGGGUUUGAUGUAACACUUAUUGGCAUCCAGACAGGAGUUAUUACCGGAGAAAAAACCGAAAAAGCAUAAGAAUCUAUUCAUUUUUUUUUUUAUUUAUACAUGAUAUCUAUUUCAUCAAACG